GAAAACAAAUUCUAAAAGAAAAUUAUUUUAAGCAACUUCAAGGAAACAUCAGAUGAAACAUUUCCACUAUUAGUCAACUUUUUAAAAUCAGCAGCUCAAUAUUUAUAUACUAAUUAAUACUUAUAACAUAUACUUAACACUGCAUAAUAUCACCCACAGCUUCUAAAUCUUGUUUACUAUUCCUCUUCAAAAACUAUCUCUACUUUAUAAUAUUAUGAGUACUUUCUAUGUUCUAGCCUCCAUGAAAUGUUUUAGCUUGAAAUUCACCCUUCUGACAUUGUUCUUUCUGUUCUUUACCUUGUCAUUACUAUGUCAUUGUUACUCAACCAUACUUCAGCAUGGAACUGAUAAAGAGGGGCUGCUCCAAUUCAAAUCCCAUAUUGAUCAGCAAUCUCUAGGAGUUCUGGCUACUUGGAAUGAUUCGCGAGGUUUUUGUAGAUGGACUGGUGUCACCUGCAGUCUAAAGCACCACCAACGAGUCGUUAGGUUAGACCUGCCUGAACAGAAGUUGGCAGGUUUACUGUCACCUGUUAUAGGGAAUCUCUCAUUCCUCAGAAUCCUUAAUUUGGCAAACAAUUCCUUCAGGGGAAUCAUUCCCUCAGAAAUUGGACAUUUGAUCAGGCUUCAGAAGUUAGGCUUAAACUAUAACUUUUUCCAAGGGACUAUCCCUUACACUUUGUCCAACUGCACAAAACUUGAAUAUCUAGCUUUAGGACAUAAUCGCCUUCACGGCCAAAUUCCACCAGUGCUCGGAUCACUAUCAAGACUCACCACUCUUUCUCUGCAUACCAAUAAUCUCACCGGAACUAUUCCAGAGUCAAUCGGUAACCUGUCGUCCCUGCAUAAGCUUUUUUUGAUGAGCAACCAACUUGAAGGAGAAAUUCCGAGCUCAACUUCCUUGCUUAGCUCUCUGAAUCAACUAGCCCUUGCGGAAAACAAAUUCUAUGGAAAUUUUCCAUCUUCUAUUUAUAAUUUGUCUUCCCUUCAAGUCAUAUCUUUGGCUUAUAAUAGUUUCUCGGGUAUUCUCAGACCUGAUGUAGGCCUUGUACUUCCUGAACUACAGGCAUUAUUUCUAUCAUCCAAUAAUUUUACUGGGCGUAUUCCCCCAUCCCUGGUUUAUGCUUCAAGUUUAACCCAAAUUGAUAUCUCUGCAAACAAUUUCAUUGGUGAUGUACCCUUAAACUUUGGGUACUUGAAAGAUUUAAACUCUGUCAACCUAGAGGAAAAUCUACUAGGAGGCAACAGUAAAGAUCUGGACUUUAUAGUCUCGUUGAGCAACUGCAGCGACCUCGAUCUUCUGUCUUUCGAAAACAACAAUUUUCAAAGUAUUUUGCCCAGUUCAAUAACCAACCUAUCUACCCAGAUGACAUGGCUAAGCUUUGGAACAAAUUAUGUCCAUGGAAAACUUCCAGAAGACAUAUCAAGGCUUCGUAGUUUGUAUGUAUUUGCAGCAGAAAAUAAUUUCUUGAUGGGAAGUAUACCAUCUAGCUUUGGACAGCUUUCCAACCUGCAAGUUUUGUCAUUAGGUGCAAACAAUCUGACAGGGCAAAUCCCGUCGUUGGAUAACAUUACUGGGCUUUCACAACUCCUCCUCGGUGUGAACUACUUGGAAGGAAGUGUGCCAUCAAGCAUCGGAAAUUAUGUAGGUUUGGAGAUUCUGGACUUAUCAGAUAAUGAAUUUUCUGGAGCCAUUCCAAGUCAAAUGUUUCGCCCAAUCGGAAUAUACUACAUGAACCUGUCUAAUAACCAUUUCAACAGUUCGUUGCCAUCUGAAAUCGGAAUAUUGACAGGACUAGUCUCCUUGGAUGUUUCACACAAUAAUAUCUCAGGUACUAUUCCAACCACGCUAAGGAAUUGCUUGGGAUUGCAAGAACUGUAUCUGCAACACAAUCUGUUUCAGGGAAGUAUUCCUUAUCUUGGAGAAUUAAAAAGUGUCCAAAUAAUUGAUCUUUCUCAUAACAAUUUAUCAGGACAGAUUCCAUCAUACAUGGCAAACAUGUCUGCCCUACAGAAACUAAAUCUUUCAUUCAAUGAACUAGAUGGGGAAGUACCAAUGCAUGGAAUUUUUCUGAAUUCAAGAGCACUCGACAUCAAAGGCAAUAGUAAGCUGUGCAGAGGGAUACCGGAAUUGCACCUAAACCCAUGUCCUGCAACCAAGAAAAGAAAAUCCAAAAAACACAAUGGCCUCAAGUAUAUCUUGCUUGCAGUGCUAUUGGUUACGCUUUUUGGUCUCGUGCUGCUUUCAUUAGUUCUCUAUUGCACCAGAAAGAGAACGAGGGAAAAACUCCCUUCUCCAUCGACUUCCAAACGGUUUUUUCCCAAGAUCUCUUUCCAAGAACUCUUCAACGCUACAGAUGGGUUCUCCAAAGCUAACUUGAUUGGCUCGGGCACUUUUGGAGCUGUUUAUAGAGGUAUCCUUUCAACAGACAAAAAAACUGUGGCAGUAAAGGUGCUCAAUCUUCAACAACAUGGAGCCUUAAAGAGCUUUAUAUCUGAGUGUAAUGCUCUAAGGAACAUACGGCAUAGGAACCUUGUACGGGUCUUGACAGCAUGCUCGAGUUCAGAUUUGCAGGGAAAUGAUUUCAAAGCUCUCGUGUAUGACUACAUGCCGAAUGGAAGCUUGGAAGCUUGGUUACAUGGAGAAGAUAGACAGCUAACUGAACGGCUGAACCUUUGGCAGCGAAUUAACAUUGCUACCGAUGUAGCUUAUGCAUUGUACUACCUCCAUCAAGAGUGUAAUAGACCUAUCAUUCAUUGCGACUUGAAGCCAAGCAACAUUCUCUUGGAUGAAGACCUUACUGCUCAUGUCAGUGAUUUUGGUUUGGCGAGGCUUCAUUCAGAAUCUGAAGAUAAUACCAUCGCAAGUCAGCUCAGCACAGCUAGAUUUCAAGGAACCAUAGGAUAUGCUGCUCCAGAGUAUGGGACGGCCAGCAAAAUGUCGACUUAUGGGGAUGUUUACAGCUUUGGAAUCUUGCUGCUGGAAAUAUUCACUGGAAAAAAACCAACUGAUGAGCAAUACCAAGGAAAUUUCAAUAUGCAUGACUCUAUAAAAAUGGUUGUGCCUGACCAAGUGAUAGACAUUGUAGAUGAAUCACUUCUGUCCGAGGAUGAGGAAAUAGAAGUUACACUUGAAAAUCAGUGUAACACAAGGCAUGAACAGAUGGAGUGCAUAACUGACGUAUUACGGGUAGGACUAAUGUGUUCAGAAGAAAAUCCAAGAGACAGAUUGACGAUGGAAGAUGUAAUAUCAAAGCUCGUUCCAAUAAGAGACAGAUGUAUUAAAGCUAAACUACACAAGGGUUUCAAAAAUGAUGGUUUCUCUCACUAACAGGAUUUAGUGAUCAACUACAAAGAUUUAAUAAUGAAAAUUUUCUGUAAUUAUUUUGUUAUCAUAGCUUACAAGUUAUUGGAAUUUUCCCUUUGAACGCUUAGUAGUUGAGUAAUUUAAGGAUUAUAUCGGUGAAAAUCUAAGUCUUUUAAAGAACAGAUCUCGAAUUCAUA